AGGCUCUGCAUCCAGCCUCGCUCUCAGAGUCUGGGCUGGAGCUGAAACGGGCCAAAGUCACCCCAUUGGCAACACUGCGAGAGACAGAGACUACAAGCCCCAGGGUCCCACGGGCGAAGCUGCCCGCCCUGGAAGGCCUUUGGCUCAGGGGCCCCGCGAAGGGCCUCCUUUCGGAGGAGCCGGACUGGCGCCCCCUGCUGGCUGACUCGGAACCGAAGCGGCGCGAGGCGCGGAGUCCGCCCGGAGCCUAUUGGCCGAGCGGCGCCACGUGACGAAGUCCUUCCCCUUCCGGGAGCAGGAAGCCUGGCUGAGCGGCGGCGCCCAGAGCAAGAUGGGCAAGAAGAAGCAGCGGAAGCCGGCGGCGGGGCUGGGCCGGUCCCUCCUCCGGGAGCGCGGAGGCCGAGGGCGCCAAGGCUUAGGGGCGGGAUGGCUCCACACGAGUGAACUGAGCGACGGCUAUGACUGGGGACGCCUCGGCCUCCGGUCGGUCACAGAGCAGAACUCGCUGGAGGAAUUCUUGGCCACGGCAGAAUUGGCAGGAACCGAAUUUGCAGCAGAAAAAAUGAACAUUCAGAUAGUUUCUCCUGAGGCUCGGACUGGUCUGCUGACUGCAGAAGAGACCAGAAAGAUCCAGGAGCUUCAUGAGCAGAACAAGCAAUUUCUGUGUGUCCCAAGGAGGCCAAAGUGGGACAAGCAAACCAGCCCUGAAAGGUUGAGCCAGGCAGAGAGAGAGAGCUUCCUGGAGUGGAGGAGGCAGCUUGCCCGGUGA